UUCCGAUCCAAAUCUUCUCUCAUCUGAUUCAGGCCGCUGUCUUCGUGAUCAUCAUCCAUGGCGUUUGCUCAGUUCCUAGGCUCCCCUGUCUCACCGUCAUUCCAGUUGUCGGCAGCUGACCGGCACUUAAUGCAACGCCCAUCAUCUCUUCUUGCUCCGCAGGCCGGAAUAGCUGGCCACUUCUCCUUAAAGAGAACUCUGCGAAAAGUGAGGGCUGGGCAACAAGAAUCUGGUGUUAGUUUAUCUGCUGAUGCUUUUGCAAACAUCAAGCAUGUUCUUCUUCCAAUUACAGAUCGGAAUCCUUAUCUUUCAGAGGGAAGCAGACAGGCUGCAGCAACCACUGCUUCUUUGGCAAAAAAGUAUGGAGCAGACAUUACAGUGGUUGUUAUUGACGACAAACCAAAAGAAUCUAUCCCAGAUCAUGAAUCUCAGUUGUCUAGCAUUCGGUGGCAUCUUUCUGAAGGCGGAUUUUCGGAAUUCAGACUUCUGGAACGACUGGGAGAAGAAAGGAAGCCAACUUCUGUGAUCGGUGAGGUUGCUGAUGACUUAAAUCUAGAUUUGGUAGUUUUGAGCAUGGAAGCAAUCCAUUCAAAACAUGUUGAUGGCAACUUAUUAGCAGAAUUCAUCCCCUGUCCUGUAUUGCUCCUGCCACUUUGACCUGCCCUGUUUAUUACUUGUUUCAAUUCUCUUUUCUUUUGAAUCAUUUACAAGGAAAGCUUCCUUACCCUUUCAAAUCCAACAAGACAGACACUAUUAGCAGAGGUUAUGUCGCUCCAGGCUUCCCAAAUCUGUCUUAUAGAACUGAAGUUGUGGCCUUAUAAUAAGCUAUUUCCAGAUUAUUCUGACAUGUCAAUUGAUCAUCAAUUCUUCAUUUUUGUCCAGGAGUCAAAUCUGGAGGAAAGACUCAAGUUGGUUAAAAACUAGAUGGAAUGUAUAUAUAAUAUAUUAGGAGAAUCUGCUAAAUGUUGAUUUCUAUAUGCAUCUGA